AUGACCACUCGGACGCUACUCGCUGCUCGAGCAGCACUACCUAGACCCGCAAGACUUUUAUCCGGACCGACUCGUUUUUAUGUCCGGCCAACUGCACCGUUAGAUCCAAUCCAGCGGUAUAGAUUGCACACCUCAGGCAGAAGGAGGAACGAACAUGUCUCACCGCCUCAUACUCUCUCGACCCAUGCAGCAGAAGCUAGAGCAUCUUUCAGAGACCCCAUGACGAGAUACACACACCUGAUACAGGAUAAAGUGUUGAGGGAAGAUCCAAGUCAGAAAGAGAUAAUCAAGAAGUUACAGCGGCUGUGGAAUGAUUUAGAACAUUAUGAUCCUGGAGAGAUACCGCCAGAGGUGGAAGGGAAAUCAGGCGGAUUUCUUUCUAGACUGUUAGGCACUCACUCCUCAUCCUCUCACCCACCUUCAAUCCCUCUCGAUAAAGUUCCCAAAGGUCUAUACCUAUACGGAUCAGUAGGUACCGGCAAAACAAUGUUGAUGGACCUAUUCCACUCGACACUUCCAUCUCAAUUCAAAUCUACCCAGAAAGGCGGAUACGGAUCAACAAGGAUACAUUUCCAUUCGUUCAUGUUAGAUGUGUUACAGCGGCAGCAUGCUGUGACGAAGAAAUAUCAGAUGCAAGGGUUGGGGAAGAAAGAUGCCAUGCCUGAAGUGGCUAGGAGUCUGGCCGAGGAAGGGAGAGUACUUUGUUUUGAUGAGUUUCAAGUGACAGAUAUCGUAACGGCCAUGAUUCUCCGACAGCUUUUAGAGAGAUUGAUGUCUUACGGUGUGGUAUGCGUGAUGACGUCAAAUCGACAUCCUGAUGAGCUAUACAUCAAUGGUAUACAAAGACAGUCAUUUAUACCUGCCAUAGAAUUGAUCAAAGAGAGAUUCGAAGUGGUCGAUUUGGAUUCCGGUACAGACUAUCGUAAAAUACCUCGAGCACUCUCCAAAGUAUACUACUCUCCCCUCUCCCCAGAAGUCAAAUCAGAAAUGACAAAACUAUUCGAAUCUCUCGCUUCCACUGAUCCUAUAUCAACCGAAGUAACGCAAAACAAGCAAAUCCCUCUAUGGGGACGUAAUUUGACUGUACCGGAAUCAUCAGGGUCGAUAGCAAGGUUUAAAUUCGAUGAUCUGUGCAAUCGACCAUUGUCUGCUGCUGAUUAUCUGGAAAUCACGGGAAGGUUUGGGACAUUGUUUGUGGAGGAUGUACCGAAAUUGGGAUUGGGGGAGAGGGAUCAGGCGAGGAGGUUCAUCACUUUUAUUGAUGCAUGCUACGAGAACCGUACCAAGAUAUUCAUCUCGUCGGAAGCACCGAUCUUCCAGAUAUUCUCAGAUAAACAUGGUUCCGCAGCUGAAGACGAACAUAUGAAAAGUGUGAUGGAAGAACUAGGUUUGACAUCAAGUGAUAUUGGUGCAUCGUCAAUUUUCCAAGGUGAUGAAGAAUUGUUCGCAUUUGCUAGAUGUGUUAGUAGACUGAGUCAGAUGGGUACGAAGGAAUGGAGUGAAACUACAUGGCAGGAAGAACAACUGUGA